AUGGGUUCAGGGGCUUGUGCUGCUGCAACUGAAGCUACAGGAGCUGCUGAAAAAGCUGCAGAUAAAGGAGUUGAAGCUGGUGAGGAAGCUGAAGCUCUGCGCAGGAGAGGGAUGGAGACACGAGCGCAGGAGAGCGGCGACGAGCGGUAG